UCCUCCUCCCCUCCCCACUCAACCGCCGUUUCAGCGCAGCUCUCCGCCGGCGAAGACUUCUCGGACAGCGGGUGCUAUUUUGGCGCAGUUUCCUGUCUAUAGGCGUUCAGUUAUUUAUUUAUCGUCGAUUUUUUAAAAACUGUUUGUACUCUUGCAUUCAAAAUGAGCACAAUUAACGUGAAAAAGCUGAAAGUGAACGAGCUGAAAGACGAGCUGAAGAAGCGUAAUCUGUCGGACAAGGGGCUGAAGGCCGAGCUGAUGGACCGCCUGCAGGCCGCGCUCGACGAGGAGGCCCUGGUCGGGGAUUCUUCUGCGGCCCAGGAGGGAUCGGAGGAGGAAACCCUCGAACAGGCCGCCGAACAGGAGGUGAUGGGAGAGGAAGAGGAAGGCGACGGCCCGAUAGAAGAGAGCAUGGAGGCUAAUGAGGAAGAACAGGAUAAUGAUAAUGGGGACGAGGGCAAUGGCGUAGCGGAUGACGAAGACAUGGGUGAGGGGGAAGAAGGCGACGAAGACGACGAGAUGCUGAAGGGAGAUGUGGACGACAUGGAAAAAAUUGACACGGAGGAUGGUGAGCCCGGGGAGCAAGCUGCUGAGGGGGAUGCGGACAAAGACACGAAUGCUGAUCAGAAGAAUAAGAAGGGUGUUAAGAGACGCCGGGAGGAACAUGGAAGGGGCUACUUUGAAUUUAUUGAAGAGAACAAAUACAGCUGCGCUUCUUUCAAAUCUCCGGUUCCCCCGCUGGAGGAAGAAGAUGAGCAGUUUGAUGACACUAAAGUCUGCUUGGAUACCUACAACUGCGACCUGCACUUUAAGGUGUCGCGGGACCGCUACAGUGCCUCAUCUCUCACCAUGGAGAGCUUUGCUUACCUCUGGUCUGGGGGCAAAGCCAACUAUGGCGUGAACAAAGGCAAAGCCUGCUUUGAGAUGAAGAUUACAGAGAAAAUUCCAGUGAAGCACAUAACUAGCAAAAACAUGGAGAUUCAUGAUGUGCAGGUUGGAUGGUCUCUGGUCACUGGUUCACUACUGUUAGGUGAGGAAGAGUUUUCCUAUGCAUACUCUGGGAAAGCCAAAAAGACCACAAACUGCGUGACGGAAGACUUUGGAGAAGCAUUUGAUGAGAAUGACGUCGUCUGUUGUCUCAUUGACUUUGAGGGUGAUGAGGUGGUGUUGUCCUUCUCCAAAAAUGGUGGAGAACCAUCUGUGGCCUUCCAUGUCAAGAAGGAUUCUCUGAACGGUCAGGCGCUUUUCCCUCACGUCAUGUGCCACAACUGUGCUGUGGAGUUCAACUUUGGCCAGAUGGAGACUCCGUACUUCCCUGAGCCGGAGGGUUACACCUUCCUGCAGAAGAUCCCCAUCAGCGACAGAGUUCGCGGGCUGAAGGGGCCGCAGACCAAAGCAGACUGCGAGAUCAUAGUGAUGGUUGGCCUGCCAGGCUCUGGAAAGACCACAUGGGUGAAGAACCACGUUCAGGAGAACCCCGGGAAGUACUACAUCUUAGGCAGCGACACUAUUGUGGACAAGAUGAUGAUCAACAGCCUAAAACGCCAAUCGAAAGACAUUACAAAGCUGACCGCCAUUUCCCAAAGAGCGCCGCUUUUCUUGGGAAAGUUUAUCGAGAUUGCCGCUCGCAAGAAGAGGAACUACAUCUUGGAUCAUACCAACCUGUCUGCUCCAGGUCAGAAAAGGAAGAUGUGUCUAUUCGCCGGCUUCCAGCGCAAAGCCGUGGUCGUUUGUCCUACUGAGGAAGAAUACAAGCAGAGAGUCCAGAAGAAAGUGGAAAGUGACGGCAAAGAAGUGCCCGAGCAUGCUUUGUUAAAAAUGAAAGGCUUCUACGCUCUGCCGGAGGAGGGGGAAAGCUUCAGUGAAGUCAUCUACGCCGAGCUGCCCAAAGACGAGGCCUCCAUGCUUCUGGAACAAUACAAAGAAGAAAGCAAGACGGCUCUGCCCGCCGAGAAGAAGCCCAACCAGGGCAGCACCACUCCCAAACGAGGAGGGGGCCAGCGCAGCGGCAACCGAGGGGGCAAGAGCCAGUUUGGACGCAGUGGUCCCGGUCCGAGGGGAGGUGGUCGCGGCGGCUUCCAGAACAGAGGGAACUUCAGAGGACAUUUAUUCACAGCUCCUGCCCCCCGAGGAGGUUUCAGUCGGCCCCCUCGCGGCUUCCUACCACCACCAGCUUUCAGAGGGGGGUUCCCCACCCGUGGAAACUUCAAUCGAGGCGGCGGCCCCAUUCCUAGCUUGGGCGUGUCCCACAGAGGCGGUUCCAUGAGAGGAAACAUGGGCCCCAGGGGAGGCCCCAUAAACCGAGGAGGCCCAAUGAGCAGAGGGAACAUGGGCAGAGGAGGAGGAGGAGGCAGCAUGAACCGCGGGGGCAACCGGGGUCAUCACAGCCAGUUCCAACCAAGAGGCGGUAACCGUGGCAACUUCGGCAACAAGAACAGAGAUUUUGGCAACAACAGGAACAGCGGGAGCUUUGGCAACAGGAACGGGAUGGACAAGGCUCAGGCCUUCAACCAGAGCUGGCAGCAAGGGUUCUGGAACCAGAAACCGUGGAGCCAGCAUUAUCAGCCGGGAUAUUACUGAGAAACUUGUUCUCAUGGACUGGUGGCCGACACGGGAGAAUCCACCGCUAGCCACGGAACAUCCCAGCGCCCCGCCGUUCCAUUUCUUCUUAUUAUUUUUUAUUUUUUUCUUAAAACCCCACUUUUAAAGUUCGCAAACCCGCCACAGACUGUCAGACUGAGAACACCGAGCAACAACAUUCCACCGGAGAAAGCAGUCAGCAGGCGCGGGUUCCGGCUCAUCCCCCCUUCUUCUUUUUGUCAUUUUUUUCUUUUCGAGCAGAUUUUAUAUUUUCAACCACUUUUAAAUGAUUUUAAACCAACUUUAGUGGCCGACGUCUGCGGGGCAAAUGUACUGUUUCCUUCUGUUCAGUUUGUGUUUCAUUUGUGCUUCUUUUCUUCUCAUUUUUGAAUUGUAAAUAUAUUUUUUUUGAGUAGUUUGUCAGAAUUGUGAGGAACAGGACGAUUGAAAGGAAUCUGGCGUUUUUCUGCAGGGAAGCAUGGUAGAAUUUUCAAACAUUUAGACUGUUUUCUGUCUGUAGUUUGCUAUUGAAUCCUUUAAAUUGAACAAAAUUUAACACGUUUUAUUUUUGGUUUUGUUUACAUCAUCAAACCUGUAUCAAACUUCAUAGAGUUAACAAUAAACAUCUGGUUGACUUUUUUUUUUACAUCCUUCCUGCCUUAUGACUUCUACUUUUUUCAAAGGUGUGUUAAAGAACCUUUGGCUUAAAGGAAAACACUGGGAUGGAAUCUCUUAGGCUCCUUAUUGCUCCAUUCAAGUAUUGUAGUCAUUUGUAGUUUUUAGCUCCUCUAAUGUUUAUCACUUUGGCCUUUCGGCCAUUUUCAGGAUAGAACGAAGCCAUUUUUGCUCUUUAAAUUAUGGCUUUUUUUGAAAAAUAUGUCUCCAUUUAUUUGUUUUUUUAAGACUUCAUUCUCAGGAGAAAAUGUCUUCUUUUUUUUCCUUUAGCCGUUCCUUUAGGUGCAGUAGAGUAAUUAGUCUCAACACUGACCCCGCCCCUCUUUACCACAAGCGCUGGAUUUGGCACAGGAAGGGAAGUAGCUCAUUUCCACCAGCAAGUUCAAGGGCUACAGAGCGUCCCACCUCCGCUUUAUUGUGCAAACUAAAGGAAGUGGCAGCUUUUCUUUUUUAUUAUUCCUGAGGUAUCUUUAUUUUGAAGUGUUGGGACCCUUUCCUGUCAAUAGCUCCCCAAUUUCAAGUUUCUAAUUUUUUUUUUACCCUGUUAAAGCAGGAUAUGAAAUCUCACUAUAGUAGAAACUACAUUUUGAUGUAAUUAAUAUGAAACCUGUAAAUACUAAAAUCACUAUUUCAGUCCUGCAUGAAUGUUUAUUAAUGAACUUGCUAAUAAAUGUGGUUGAAGGAUCAGCUUUCCCCCUUUUUCUAAGCUUUGUGAAAGUGUAAAUGCUUUAAAAUUUGCAGAAUCCAGCUUUGGUUUUACAGUAGAACCUUCAGAUUUUUUGUGUUGCGGCUUUAACUGAUCAAACAGAAAGAGCAGAUGUUUGGUUUUGUGUCUUUUUCUUCUAGGUUGUAACAAUUAAAGGGAUAUAUUGCAAAUGUA